AUGAAGAAGCCUGCGUCCGCGGUUCUCGCCGGCCUGUUGGGCCUCGCGCAAGCCAUACAAGUCCACGUCGUCGCCGUGGGAAAGAACCCCGGCAGCAUCGACACGGGCCUCAGGUUCUUCCCCGAGAGGAUCCGCGCCGAGCCCGGCAGCCUGGUCCAGUUCCAGUUCCGGGCCGGCAACCACACCGUCACCCAGUCCGACUUUGACAACCCGUGCGUGCCCGUCUCCAGCAUCGACCCGAGCGUCGCCGGCGUCUUCUCCUCGUUCCAGCCCGUCGCCGGGGCGGCCGGCGCGGUCCCCGUCUUCACCGUCCUGGUCAACGACACCCGGCCCAUCUGGCUGUUCUGCAGCCAGGGCGCCCACUGCCAAAAGGGCAUGGCCAUGGUGAUCAACGAGAACGCCGCGGCCAACGCCACCCGCAGCCUGGAAACCUACAAGCGGCUGGCGCAGAAGGCGCCGACCGGCCAGGGCGUGCCCAGCCGAUGCGGCGACGGGUCCGCCGGCCCCGCGGCGUCGAGCGGUUACCUGCCGACUACCGCCGCUGGAGGAAACGGAGGCGGCGGCGGUGGUGGUGCGCUCGUCACUCCCGCUGCUGGUGGCACCAACGACACUGCCGACGGCUUGCCGCCUGCCGCGACUACUCCUCCCCCUCCGGCCGUGAGUUCUCCGGCUCUUGUUGUGUCUGGUGCCGCCCACGUGGCUGUUCCAGGCGCGAUGCUGUUGGUGCUCGGAGGGGCUUUUAUGUUUCUGUAG